AUGCCGCCUCCUCCGCAUAUCAAGCCUGAGAAUGUCCUCAAGAGGGCUCAGGAACUCAUCGCCGUCGGCCAGGCUCCCGCCGCCUUGACUGUCCUCCACGAACAUGUCACCUCCAAGCGCACCCGUAGCAGCCCCAUCGCCUCCCUCGAGCCGGUGAUGCUCCUGUUCGUUGAGCUGUCUGUCGACCUUCGCAAGGGCAAGGCCGCCAAGGAUGGUCUUUACCAGUACAAGAACAUUGCUCAAAACACCAACGUCGGCACCAUCGAGAUCGUUCUCAAGAAGUUCAUCGAGCUUGCCGAGCAGAAGGUCACCGAGGCUCAGGCCAAGGCCGACGAGAUCCAGUCGACUCUCGACUCUGCCGCUCCUUCCUCCAACAUUGAGGAUUUGGAAGCUAUCGAGACCCCCGAGACCAUCCUCCUCGCCACCGUCUCCGGUGAGCAGUCCCGCGACCGUACCGACCGCGCCAUCGUUACUCCUUGGCUUAAGUUCCUGUGGGAGACCUACCGCACCGUCCUCGAGAUUCUGAAGAACAAUGCCCGUCUCGAGAUCAUGUACCAGUCGACUGCCUUGCAGGCCUUCAAGUUUUGCCAGAAGUACGCCCGCAAGACUGAGUUCCGUCGCCUGUGUGAGCUCCUGCGCAACCACGUCCAGAAUGCCGCCAAGUACUCUUCCCAGAUGCACGCCAUCAACCUGAGCGAUGCCGACACCCUGCAGCGUCACCUUGACACCCGUUUCCAGCAGUUGAACGUUGCCGUCGAGUUGGAGCUGUGGCAGGAGGCUUUCCGCAGCAUUGAGGAUAUCCACACUCUGUUGAACCUCAGCAAGCGUCCCGCCAAGAACAUCAUGAUGGCCAACUACUACGAGAAGCUCGCCCGCAUUUUCCUGGUUAGCGAGAACUACCUCUUCCACGCCGCCGCUUACAACCGCUACUACAACCUCCUCCGUCUCUCUUCCUUGGCCCUGGCUAGCGGUCAGAGCUCCAAGAAGGAGAACCCAUCGGUCACCGAGGCCGAGAUGACCAAGGCUGCAUCCUUCGUCCUUCUCUCUGCCCUGUCCAUCCCCGUCAUCAGCACUUCCCGCUCCCGCGGCGCCCUUGUUGAUGUGGAUGAGGCUCGCAAGAACAAGAACACCCGUCUCACUAACCUUCUCGGUAUGGCCACCUCGCCUACCCGUACUGUGCUCUUCCGUGAUGCUCUUAACAAGGGUUUGCUCCGCCGUGUGCGCCCCGAGAUCCGCGAACUGUACAACAUUCUGGAGGUUGACUUCCACCCUCUGUCCAUCUGCAAGAAGAUCACCCCCAUCCUGAAGCAGAUUGGUGCCGACCCCGAGAUGGAGAAGUACGUUGUGCCUUUGCAGCAGGUCAUCCUUACCCGUCUGUUCCAGCAGCUGUCCCAGGUUUACGAGUCCGUUGAGCUCAAGUUCGUCUACGAGCUUGCCCAGUUCCCCGCCCCCUUCCAGAUCACCCCUGCCAUGAUUGAGAAGUUCAUCAUGAACGGUUGCAAGAAGGGUGAUCUCGCUAUUCGCGUUGAUCACAUCUCGGGCGUCCUGACUUUCGACUCCGAUGUCUUCUCUUCCGCCAAGGCUGUCCACGCCGGCAGCGGUGCUGGCUCCGCUGAGAGUGAGGUCGCUCGUCUCGCCAAGACUCUUCACGUCACCUGCAUGUACGUCGAUCCCUCCUACAACCAGGCUCGUCUUCAGGCCAAGGAGACUGCCCAGGCCCGUGCCAUUGCUGGUGCCGCCCAGGAGCACGAGGAUACUCUCACCCGUCGCGUUCUUAUCGACAAGAAGAAGGAAGCCGCCACCGAUGCUUUGCAGCGCAAGCAGCGCGAAGAGGAGACCCGCAAGCGUGUCCGUGCCCAGCAGCUCCAGGACGCCGAGAAGCAGCGUCUGGCUGAUGAACAGCGUGAUCGUGAGCUCAAGCGUAUCAAGGAUGAGCAGGACCGCAUCCGCCAGGAGGAGCUCAAGAAGCAGCUCGAGGAGCUCAAGACUGGUGUCAAGGGUAUUGACGUCAGCGAGAUCGACCUUGAGGAGCUUGAUGCCAACCGCCUGCGCGCCAUGAAGCUGGCUCAGCUCGAGAAGGAGAAGAAUGAGCUGAACGACCGCAUCCGUACUACUGCUAAGCGUAUUGACCACUUGGAGCGUGCCUUCCGUCGCGAGGAACUGAAGCACAUCGCCGCCGAUUACGAUGAGCAGAAGAAGCAGGACUUGGAGCUUUACGAGAAGCAGACCGCCCAGAGCUUGCGCGAGUCCAAGGAGAAGCACGCCGAGGCAGUGGCCCUCAAGCACCGCCUGGGUCGCCUUGUUCCCCAGUUCAGCAACUUCCGUCGUGAGGUUUCUGAGAAGCGCCACGAGGAGUUCGAGAAGCGUCGCAAGGCUGCCGAGCGCGAGUUCGAGGCUAAGAAGAAGCAGCGUGUCAAGGAGGUCCAGGAACGCCGCCGUCGCGAGAAGCAGGAGCGCGAGGAAGAGGAGGCUCGUCGUAAAGAGGAGCAGGAGCGUGCCGAGCGUGAGGAGCAAGAGCGCAUUGCCCGUGAGGAGGAACGCCGUCGUAUCUUCGCCGAGGAGAAGGCCAAGCGCGAGGAAGAGCGAUCGUCAGUAUUCCCUUACUUCAUUUUCCCUUCAGAUCUCGAUGCUAACUUGAUGUACAGCAAAAUGGAUGAGAUGGCUCUCAAGCAGCAACAGCGCGAGGAAGAAGCCGCCGCCCGCCUCGCAGCUCGCAGGAGUGGAUUCGAACCCGCAGCCGAACGAACUGCGCCCCGUCUCAAUGUCGCCCCACGUACUGGUGCUCCCUCCAGCUGGAGAGAACGUCAAGCUGCCAAGGAAGCUGGUGGUGCCGCCGCCGAGCCCACCCGCGAGUUCACUCGCGCCCCCGUCCGUGAAGAGCCUGCCCCUCUCCGCAAGGGUGGAUACGUUCCUCCUCACCUGCGCAGCGGUGCCUCCGCCAGCGCUGGAUCCGCCCCCCUCCCCCUGCUCCCCGCGAGCCCCGUGAACCCCGCGAGUCUCUGCCCCGUGAGGCUCCCACCGAGCGCUGGGCGCCCCGUCAACCUCGUGAAUCUUCUUCUCAGUCUCCUGCUCCCGCUUCGGAAUCCAAGCCCGCCGCCGGUGGCAAGUGGGUCCCUAAGUGGAAGCAGCAGCAGUAAACGACCGAGCUACGACUUUCCAGUUAAAAAGUGUAUCCAAGCUCUUUUCUUUUUGGCGCUAUUCUCAUGA